CUUGUUCUGCACGCUCUUGAGAUCCUUCUGCAACCUGUCAUUAAUCGUGGUGAAGAUGAGUCUGUCGUCACCUAUCGUCAGUCUGGGCAUUGGCCUUGCUGCGCUCUUCAUCGUUAAUACCAUCCUGAGCAAAUCCAAGAAUGCCAACAGUCAUCCUCUCCCACCAGGUCCCAAGGGACUCCCACUGGUGGGAAAUUUGAGCGACUUGCCCAAACCGGGUGUGCUUGAAGCACAUCACUGGCUGAAGCACAAGGAGCUUUAUGGCCCAAUCAGCUCGGUAACGGUGAUGGGGCAAACCUUGGUCAUUGUUAACGAUGCGGAUCUCGCAUUUGAGCUAUUGGAAAAGCGGUCGGUGAAGCAUUCCUCUAGACCGAGGCAGAUAUUCGCCGGUGAAAUGCUGGGCUGGGAGAAUUCCCUUGGACUUUCUCAGUAUAAUGAUCGUUUCCGAACCUACCGCAAGAACAUGAGCCGCAUUAUCGGCUCCAAAACGGCGGCGGCGCAGUACGAUAAUUUGCAAGAAGCUGAAGCUGGUCACUUUCUACUCCACGUUCUGGAGAAGCCGGAAAACUUUGUAAAUGAAAUCAGAAAGGAGGUCGGCGCAGUCAUAUUGAAGAUUGUCUACGGUUACACGGCGGAGCCUUUCAAGAAUGAUGUUCUUGUUGACAUAGCUGGUGAUGCCAUGGACAAAUUUGCGCGCGCUGGUGUUCCUGGGGCCUUCAUGGUCGAUAUGAUGCCAUUUUUGAGAUAUCUCCCCGAAUGGAUCCCCGGUGCUGGGUUCCAGAAAACUGCUCGACAGUGGGGAGCCGAGCUCAUUGACGUGAUAGAGAAGCCGUAUGCGUUUGUGAAGCACCAGAUGGCCCAGGGCAAAGACGACUCGUCGUUUCUCUCGCGACUGCUGGAGUCGGGCGACGAUACCCCACAGGAGAAAUUCACCAAUAAAUGGUCGGCAAUGUCCUUGUACACCGCAGGAGCUGAUACCACCGUAUCGGCGCUUGCAUGCUUUUUCCUAGCCAUGACGGUCUUUCCGGACGUCCAGAGGAAGGCACAGGAAGAGAUUGAUCGAGUCAUCGGUCGCGAUCGCCUGCCCAACUCGUCGGAUCGUCCAAAUUUGCCCUACAUCGAUGCCACGGUGAAGGAGGUUCUCCGCUGGCACCCUGUGGCGCCAAUGGGACUUCCCCACACAAGCACCGCGGAUGACAUCUGCGAGGGGUAUUUUAUUCCCAAGGAUUCCAUGGUGUUUCCAAACGUCUGGCACUUCACGCAUGACCCAGAAGUCUAUGACGAACCCAUGUCCUUCAAUCCUGGUAGAUUCUUGGAAACCGAUGGCCACGAGCCGGCACCGGAUCCGCACAAGUUUGUGUUUGGCUUCGGACGCCGCAUUUGCCCCGGGCGCAUUCUGGCCGACAACGCCUUGUACCUUACCAUUGCACAAUCUCUGGCGGUCUUCAGCAUCAGCAAAGGCUUGGACAAUGGGGAAGAGGUUGAAUCUCAGAUCCGAUUCACGCCAGGCGUUGUCAGCCACCCGGAGCCCUUCAAGGCUCAGAUCCAGCCACGAUCCCCUCACCACGAGAAGUUAAUCCGAUCCAUUGAACAGCAGUUUCCGUGGAAGGAGAGUGAUUCAGAGGUUCUAGAGAGCAUGAAUUACUAAAUUGUAGGGUUCGAGAACAUGUGUUAUUCUGGAGGCGUUGGUCAAGGUCUUGUCGCGACAAGUACAUUGCGUCAACGCAUGUCGCUCACUGACGCAAUGAGGGGCCGUUACAAUGUCCGUGGCCUCUUUGUAUACUUCACACGAUAAUAGUUUAAGUUAGUCAGAUACGGUCUCUGAGAGUAUUAUUAUCAGUAUUGCUAUUCACAUAGGUCCAUCUUGCUAUUCGUACAAAC